UACUCUCAUCAACCAGAGAAUGUCACCAAUUUUUUAGUUUUUUAUGUUAAUGGAAAAAUGGUUGAAGAUAGCGAAGUUGACCCGGAAUGGACAUUAAUAUAUUAUUUACGUAAUAAGUUAGGAUUGACAGGAACUAAAUUAGGCUGCUCCGAAGGAAAUUGCGGAGCAUGCACAGUAAUGAUUUCGAGAUAUAAUCGGACACAGGAAAAAAUAAUUCAUUUUGCAGCCAAUGCAUGUUUGACACCUAUUUGUUCUGUACAUGGUAUGGCUAUUACUACUGUGGAAGGUAUUGGUAGCACCAGAUCAAAACUACAUCCGGUACAAGAACGAAUAGCUAAAUCUCAUGGGUCACAAUGUGGAUUUUGUACGCCAGGAAUUGUUAUGUCUAUGUAUGCUUUGCUAAGGAGUAAGGCUAUACCAACGAUAAAUGAUAUGGACAUUGCUUUUCAAGGAAAUUUAUGCAGAUGCACAGGAUACCGGCCUAUCAUAGAAGGGUUUAGAACUUUUAUUGAUAAAUCAAAAGAUUCUCAUGGCUUAAUGUUCAAAAACAAUGAAGACAUAAAAACAUGUGCCUUAGGAAAUGCUUGUUGUAAAAAAGUAUUCACUUCAGAACCCGUGGAAAUGUUCAAUUCUAAAGAAUUUUCAUUGUACGAUCCUUCUCAGGAGCUUAUUUUUCCUCCACAAUUACAAUUAUCACCAAAAUUAGAUGAUGAAUAUUUGAUCAUAAAAGGAAAAGAAGUUACGUGGUAUCGACCAACUAGUUUGAAACAGUUACUCAUUCUGAAAAACCAAUACAACAAUGCCAAAAUAGUAGUUGGUAACACUGAAGUCGGUGUUGAAGUGAAAGUGAAACAUUUUGCAUAUCCGAUUCUUAUUCAGCCUACUCAGAUACAAGAAUUAAGAGUACUAGAAGAAACAACUGGUGGAGUUAAAAUAGGAGCUUCAAUUCCGCUUACUGAAUUGGAAUCGUUUCUUCGAAACCAGAUCUGUACAAAACCCGAAUAUAUGACAAGAAUUUUCCGAAAUAUUGUCAAUAUGCUUCAUUGGUUUGCUGGUCUACAAGUACGAAAUGUUGCUUGCAUUGGAGGAAAUAUUAUGACAGGAAGUCCAAUAGCGGAUUUGAAUCCAAUCUUCAUGGCGGCUGGCAUAAAAAUGAACCUUUGUAGUAUUAAGAGAGGUUUUAGAAAUGUUAUAAUGGAUGAUAAAUUUUUCGUUGGAUAUCGACGUAAUAUCGUAGAUACAGAUGAAAUUUUGAUAGAUAUUGAGAUUCCCUAUAGCAAUCCGAAUCAAUAUUUUGUAUCAUAUAAACAAUCUAAAAGACGUGAUGACGAUAUAACUAUAGUAAACAUGGCUAUGAAUAUAUUUUUUAAACCACGUACAAACAUCGUUGAAAGGGCAUUUUUAUACUACGGAGGAUUGGCUCCUGUUACAACUAUGGCAAUAAAAACAUGCAAAAGUUUACAAGAUAUGGAUUGGACUCAAGAUGUACUAACUAAAGUAAUGGAUACUCUUGUGCAAGAACUUCCACUUUCGGGAGAUGCACCAGGUGGCAUGAUACUUUAUCGUCGAUCGUUAAGCCUAAGCUUAUUUUUUAAGGGUUUUAUAAGUAUUGCGAAACAAUUAGAAAAAAACUUGGCAAACGUAAUGGUUGUGCCGAAAGAACUGAAUUCAGCAGCUGAUGAUUUUCACUACAAACCUCCUAAAAGUUCUCAGUAUUAUCAGAUGGUUCCUAUUGAUCAACCGUCAAUUGACUUAAUUGGAAGACCAUUAGUCCAUGCAAGCGCUUUUAAGCAAGCUACUGGAGAAGCCAUUUACUGCGAUGACAUCCCUCGCAUAAAUGGCGAGCUGUAUUUAGCUCUCGUACUAUCUACUAAUGCUCAUGCUAGGAUAAUAGAAAUCGAUAAAUCUAAGGCCUUAGCACUAAAAGGGGUAGUGGCUUAUUUUGAUGCUAAUGAUAUACCGGAUUAUCGUAGACAAGUAGGACAUAUUAUUAAAGAUGAAGAGGUUUUCGUAUCUGAGGAAGUAACAUCUCACGGUCAGGUAGUUGCAGCUAUUAUUGCAACUCACCAGUCAAUCGCACAGAAAGCUGCAAGAAUGGUGAGAAUUGAUUAUGAAGAGAUACGACCACUCAUACUCACGAUUGAAGAUGCCAUAAAAGAAAAUUCAUUUUUCGAUGAUUGCACUCAAACAAUUAUUAAAGGAAAUGUAAACGAGGCUUUUGCAAUUUCUGAUCACGUGCUUGAAGGUGAAAUAAGAAUCGGCGGUCAAGAACAUUUUUAUUUAGAAACUCAAUGUACCAUUGCUGUACCAAAAGAAGAACAUGAAAUGGAAAUAUUUUGCGCAACUCAAGAUCCUUCAGGCACACAGAAUCUUAUUGCUCAUGUUUUAGGAAUACCCAUCAACAAAGUGGCUAUCCGCGUAAAGAGACUUGGUGGUGGUUUCGGUGGUAAAGAAUCAAGACAUAUGCUCGUUGCUCUUCCCGUCGCAUUUGCUGCUUAUAAAUUACAAAAACCGGUGAGAUGCACAUUGGAUAGGGAUGAAGAUAUGAUGAUAACAGGAACGAGGCAUCCAUUUUUAUUUAAAUACAAAGUUGGCUUCACAAACGAGGGAAUAAUAAAGGUUCUAGAAAUAUAUGUUUAUGCUAAUGCAGGGUGCUCUCUUGAUUUAUCCAAACCAGCUGUAUUUCGUGCUAUGACUCACGUGGAAAAUGCUUAUAAGAUACCAGUUAUUAAAGUUAUUGGUAAGUUAUGUAAAACAAAUUUACCGUCCAACACUGCAUUUCGUGGUUUCGGUGGACCCCAAGGAAUGUUUGCUGGUGAAACUAUAAUUAGACAUAUUGCUGAAUAUCUUCACAAAGACACAGUAAAGAUUUCUGAACUGAAUUUAUAUAAGGAAGGUGAUGUUACUCAUUAUAAUCAAAUUCUCGAAAACUGUACAUUACAACGUUGUUGGAAAGAAUGCUUAGCAUUUUCAAAUUAUCAAAAUAGAUUACAAGACAUUCAAAAAUAUAAUCAGGAAAACAGAUAUAAGAAAAAAGGAUUAGCUAUCAUUCCUACAAAAUUCGGAAUAGCUUUUGAAACUUUAUUUCUCAAUCAAGGUGGAGCGCUUGUUCACAUCUAUACAGAUGGAUCAGUACUUCUGACUCAUGGUGGUGUAGAAAUGGGUCAAGGAGUACAUACAAAAAUGAUUCAGAUAGCUAGUAGGAUCCUAAAAGUAAAUCCAGAUAAGAUUUGUAUAACUGAAACUGCUACUGACAAAGUUCCAAAUACUAUUGCUACGGCUGGAAGUACUGGAUCUGAUUUAAAUGGAAUGGCAAUAAUGAAUGCUUGCAAUGAAAUAAUGAAUAGAAUAAAAUACAUAAUUGAAGCUAAUCCAGAUGGUUCUUGGGAAAGUUGGGUUGAAAAGGCGUAUUUUGAUCGAGUUAGUCUUUCAGCUACUGGAUUCUAUCGUACACCUGAUAUUGGAUACGACAUUAAUACCAAUUCCGGUAUCUUGUUCAACUAUUAUACGUAUGGAGUAGCCUGCAGUGAGGUUCAAGUUGAUUGCCUUACGGGAGAUCAUCAGGUUUUGAAAACAGAUAUUGUAAUGGAUUUAGGAGAAAGCUUAAAUCCCGCAAUUGAUAUUGGACAAAUUGAAGGAGCGUUUAUACAAGGAUAUGGACUCUUUACAAUGGAAGAAAUGAUCUACUCCCCAACAGGAAUAGUUUUCAGUCGCGGUCCAGGCGUUUACAAAAUUCCUGGAUUCGCUGAUAUUCCACAAGAGUUCAAUGUUUCUUUACUUAAGGGUACUUCUAACCCUAGAGCGGUGUAUUCUUCCAAGGCUGUUGGAGAACCGCCGUUGUUUCUAUCAUCUUCUAUAUUUUUUGCUAUACGAGAAGCAAUUAAAGCAGCACGAUCAGAUAUGAAUGUUGAAGGAUAUUUUAGACUAGAUUCUCCAGCAACUGUUGCUCGAAUACGUCUGGCAUGUACAGAUGAUUUCACGAAAAAGAUAGGAAAUGGUGAUGGAAAAAAGCCAUGGAAUAUAACGCCGUAAUUGAUACUAUAUCACAGAAACGUAAUAUAAGUUUCUUUAAUGCAUAACUUAUGACUUAAUAAACAUGUCAUAAAUGUAAAAUUUGAACAAAUUUAGGAAGAGCUUUUAAAGUUGCAUCUAUUUAUGAAUGACAAAUGAGUAUAUAUUUAUAUAAUAUUGCAUUACUUGUUAAAUUAUUUAAUCUAAAAUUAAU